CCCAUGCAUAAUUUAUGCAAGAUUACACGGGUUUGUUCUAGUGGUUUGUUCCCUUGGCGUGCCUUGGCUGUGUUGACAUAAGCUGAAUUUGAAAACGUUUAUUUUUGUUUUAAAACCAAAAAUAUGGAAAGGUGAGCACAUUUCCAUCUUAUAUAUACUUUCUUAAAUCACAGUAGAAAUAUAUCUAGUGUAGAUCAGCUUUUUGGGUGCUUAAUUUUCUACUUUAAAUAUGCGUUUAAUUUUGUCAAGCGCUAUCUAUGUGGUGCGGUUCGUUCUUCAAAAAAUUCCUUUUAUUUUUGAGCCGGGAAAGUCCAGUUCAUGAACUACAGUUUUGCUGGAAAAAUAGAACGCGAUUUACUAGAAAUCGAGGCGGUUUAAAUGUUUAAAAACAGCACUAUUUCGUGAGAAAAAUAAUUAAGAUGGGCGUCUAGUUCUAUUAACCGUUUACACAAGCACGUAAGUUAAACUGAUAAUAAAAAGUAAAAUUAUCAAGUUUUGUUAUUAUUUUAGGUCUUUUAGCGUGGUUGUUAAAAAAUUUCGAGCAUUUUUCGAUAGUUUUUAGGUAUAACGAUGUUUAAUUAAUUUGAUUUCCUUGCGAACCUUAGCAAACGAUAUAAACUUAUUCAGCGAGUGUCGUUGCCCAGUAGUAGGCAAAAUAACUACAGAAAUGCAAUGUUACGUGAUCAUUUAAAUAUGUUCGACAGAAGUAUAGUUUUAUUAAAACUUUGUAUAUUUUAGUCAAAUAUUUAACACACCUAGUCAUACAUAGACGAGUAAACAUUGUUUUGAUUUUGCGUCCGAAAUGUGCAUAUGUUUGCCAAUUUUUAACACGCUUGAUUCAAAAUACAUUAUUACAUGUCUACGCAUCCGGCAGGCAAAUUUAUGGGAUGUCUGUAACGAACUAUACAAGAGCACUACGUACAAUGAAAAUAAUUUAAUUUCUAACACUUUUAACUCUGAUCUAAACUACCAGUUAACCACAUAGGUAUUUAGUUAGUAAUUUAAUAUCUGUGGUUAGUCAAUGGGGUUUCCAUGACUACGUUCUUCAUACACACAUAUGUUCACAACAGGCUGUCCAAAAUUACUUGCAGCAGAAACCAAAUUGGGUUACCGAAAGGAUCUAGAGAUGCGCCGGGAGCUGCUUUGCCUAGACUGCGAGUGAUCCGCUGGUUUAGAUUUCCGGGCAUGCAAAAGGAAAGGAGGGGGAGGGACUGCCGACAACACAUCAAGAAACGAAAUACGCCUUGCCCACACAACACAAAAUUCCCAUUGGUCGAAAUCGAUAUGCCUGUCAAUCAAAUCUGAUAUGUAGUAAUUAUGCUAUUAGCUAUAAAUAAUUUCCAGACUGAAUGUUGAUUUUAUAAAUAAACAUGACAUUAGCGGUUCCUAUUGGAUAGAUUUAAUUGGAUAUAAGUAAUGUUGAUGCAAAGGUGGAGCCCACUUGGGCAUAUUUCGUUUCUUGAUGUGUUGUCGGCAGUCCCUCCUUUCUCCCGAGGGACUACUUGCAGUCUAGCUUUGUCAUAAAAUAUUACAUUAUGCUUGUGAUGUUACUCUGAGGCGAGACUUUUUUUAUUCAUUGGUUUACGGAUCCACCGACCGUAAAUAUUCAGAAAGUGAAAAAUAAAAAAAAAAUUUGGAUGUCAAAAAUUUUACAAUUUUAGUUGAUUUUAAUUAAUUUGGGGUUCUGACAUGAAGUACACUUCAAGUGAACUUUGACUCUAGGUACUGCUGGCUCAUGUUAUCGUUGUGACAAUCAAUAUGUAGAUUGGCCACGUUUUUUGCUGUUUUUUUUUAAAUUGAUGUUAAAAAGUUUUAUAAAGAUUAUUAAUUUCGGUUCUCAGUUAUACUCAGGUCGUUUUUUUUAAAAAAAAUUUCCGACCUACCGACCUCUUAUUUUUAAAGUCAAAUCCGUAAACCAAUAAAUAAAAAAAGAUAUAUCCGAUUAACCAAUCACAUGUGUGCUAAGGCAGUGAGAGAUAGUGGAAAUCAAAUCUGAACCUCUCAAAUAAAACCAGAUGGUGCUGGAAGUCUAUAUUUUGCCAGAUACUGGUAUCCAAAUCUGGCCCAUCCCAAUUAAAGGACUUGCACAAAAAGAGUACAACAAGUAACUCUCAAAAGUGGCUGCAAUUCACCCUUCUGGAAAGUGCUCAGUUUUGGCUACAUAGAUCCUUGGUUUUUGUGAUUGAGAUAUUAAUGUUCAGAGCUUCAGAGCCUUUUAUCUUGGCACAGGUGACAUAUUGACGGUCAUAUCAGUGAAUAUAAUAUAAUAAUAAAACCUGUUCAUGUACUAUUUAAAACAUGAGCGGGAGUGUUUUAUCAGAUAUAAAGCGUGAGAGCGCAGCUCGAGUGUUUUAUAUCUAAUAAAGCACAGCUUGCGAGUGUUCUAAAUGGCUUAAAAAACAACCCAUCUGAUGAGUUCAUUGGUGAAGAAAUUUUAAAACUGAACGUUGUAAGCCGAGAAAAUCAAUGCUAAAGUUUAUGGAAAUGAACAUGAUUUUUUAUCACAUAUAAAACCACUUAACCACCGACGUGGCAGUAAUUUCUUUUGUAUUUCCUCAUGAAUUAUUAAUAAUUUUUUAGCUUGUAUCAUCACUAACAAGAUAAAAGGCUCUAAAGCCAAUGUCUCAAUCACAGAAACAAAGCUCUAUAGCCAUGGCUAUAGUAAUUAGUUUAUGGAAAGUUGCAUUUCUUGAUCAUAAUUAUCCAUUUUUAGUAUGAGUUCAAAGAGAGAGAUGGAGCUGAGAAAUGCUGCCCAAGGUAGAGACAUAUUUUAUGACCUCAUUUGUGUUUGUGUGUUUUAAAUAGUAUUGUGUCUCACAUGAAUUUCACAAUUCUAUCUUUUUGCCACCAAAUUAACCAAACACAAUACAAUGAAUAAAUGUUAUAUUUUCUUGAGGGCUAGCAUUAAAACUCCUUUUUACAGUGUCAAAUAUUGAUUUCAGAAUACUUGACAAUUUAAUUCAGUGGGAGUCAUACAGUUUUAUAUAGAUGCUCGCAAGAUAUGCAACAGUCCUGAUGAUAAUUUUCCACCCCAAUUUUUUAUCGAAUUUGAAUGAAUCUCUGAAAAACUACACUCUGAAAAACACUGGGGUCAGGUGACCCCCCCCCCUGCCCCCUCCCUUAGUGCAGCCACUGACAGGUUUUAGCAAUUGUUACUUGUGUGGAAUGUUGUUGAAUGUCCCCCGCAGCCACAAUAAAUCACACUUAAAAUAAACCCAACAAAAUAAAAUGUUUUAUUCACAAAAGCAAAUCUCUCACAAAAUGCUCACACGUCUUGAUUCCUGGAAGAACAUUCCAUACUUCAUUUCCGGUUUAGGUACCGCUGGCUAAUUUCUCAACAGUCGACACACUGGAGACCAUUUCUUUUUCAUUAUUUUAUUUGAUUUAUUUACUUGUAUAUUUUCUUCACAAGACGAUUACAUUUUUUUCCUUUCUGAUAACUGCAAGUUGACCAGCAUCUGCAGUAUGACAGUGCUUACAGUAGUGAAACCUAUACCUAUUAUAUUAUCAUUCCAGCUCAGGGCAAGCCAUUCGACAUGACCAAUGUGAAGGAAAAGCUAGUGCAGGCAGAGAAACCUUCAAUUUCUGAGUUCCAAAGUAGUCUGCUUGCUGAUGCUGAUGUCGCAAAGAGGAUUGCAAAUGCUCUGGAUACCAAGAACACAGCCAACUUUGUGACGUUAAUACAGCAUUGUUCUGGAGUCGUCUUGACGUCAGGCAUAGGUAUGCAUUAUGGGUAGGCGUCACCAGGGGCCAGUUGUUCGACCCUAAAAAAGGUUAACCUAAAAUUCAAAGCAAACAUCCCAGCAGCCUUCUUUACAAAUUUGGAAAUAUUUCCUCAGAAAUACUGUCUGAAUCAGUACAGGUAUAUGUACCACAGAAUACCACGGCACUACAGAAUACCAGUCUUAUUUAUUUCUUAUAUAAAAUUUGAAGGAAAUAUGCUAUAAACUUUAUUUUUGUGAUUAUAUAUUAGUUAUAAUCAUUAAUUGACAUAUAAAAACAAAAAAUGUAUAUUUUCUUAAAAAUUCUUAAAAACAAUCAGGAUUAACAAGAAGUAACAUUCUAUAUUUUUGGUACUUUUUUUUCGUAUAAAUAUAAUGCCUGUAAAAUCAGAAUGUUUAAAAAUAAGUUUAACUUAAGUUAGUGUUUAACUUUCACUAAAUUAAGUUAGCAAUAUCCCACAGUAUUAUCAUACAAAAUGACACACCAAAUCCUGGUACAAUUUGAUAAACCGUUGCUUACUUACCUCUGCACUGGUAUUCUGUGGUACAUUGGAAUUUUUUCCACAGAAUAUUAAUUAAAAAAAAAAUAAUUAAGUCUAUGAAAUCUUACCCCAAAACCCCCAGGAAGAAAAAAUAUAUCGAUAGACUAUACUAAAAAAUAUCAAGGAACCAUAUUAUAUACAUUAGACAAAAGAUAUGGAACAUGUAAAAUUUGCAGUAUUCUGUGGUACAUACACCUGUAGGAGUUCUCUUCUUGAAAGUUUUGAAAUAGACAGAUCAUAAUUAUCAUUCCACUCCCAGGUAAAUCAGGUAUUGUUGCCGAGCGUCUUUCAGCAUCGCUUGCCUCAACCGGUACACCAUCACAUUACGUUCAUGCAGCCGAGUGGACACAUGGAGACCUGGGUCGAGCUCGUAAUGGAGAUGUUGCCGUGUUUCUGUCACACAGCGGGAAUACAAAGGAAUGUGUUGCUGCCGCCCAAUUGUUGAAGGAUCGUGGAAUUACAGUGUUAUCCAUUGUUGGGAAAUAUGGUAAUUUAAUAAUUUACUUUAGUUUUUUUUUAUUAACUUUACAAGUUGAGAAAACUGUCAUGCAACUCUCAUUGUUUGACCACAGCUUAACUUCCUAACCAAAGGAAAGCCUGCUUUCAUGCUAAGACUGACUAACUAUCCUGUGUAAACAAACUUAGCUGCUUAUUAGUACAGCUGCAUCUUCAAUUAAACUUGGAAUAUAUGGCAUGCAUCAAGUUAAAUUAUUUUCUUAAUCAGAUUGUGGUCUUCGAGCAUGGUCGGACGCCUUGAUCAAUUACGGUGUGGCUGGCACGAUUCAAGAUUCUAUCGGUGGCGCACCUACAAGAAGUAUCGUGGUCCAGGUCAGUUAUAUAGCCCAGAUUUACAACAUUUUAUAAUAUACUGUGAGAGUUUAUGAUAGCCCGCGUGCAGGCCCAAGGGAGCAGGCUGAAG